AUCACAUCAGGAUAUAAGAUACCUGAGGACUACUUGUUUGCAGACUGCUGGAAGCAGAGACAUAAUCACCUAUUGUUUGGUCAUCUCCUUUCUUCUGGUGCUUCUCCAUCAGGGAAGGUGAAAGGCAGAAGAGAACCUUCAGUCACUUGCAUCCUGAAGGACUGGUGCGGGCCAUUGCAUGUUUCUAGGACACGGAGCAAUUAAAUAACAAAUUACACUAUGAGCACCUGUAAUUCAAGAUAAAUGGAGAUGAACGGCUGGGAAAACUAAAUUAAAAUGUCUGUAGAAGGGGGAUGGGAAAUGAUGCAGAACACCAGUGGCACUGGAAGAAAAGGAAAAUAAGGACAACUCCAGAAGAUCUUCCUGGCACAGAAGAUUCUUUAGUUUCCUUGGACAACUGAUGACUGUUGCAGCCCUUAUUGACUAAAUCAUACUGAUGCGCUCUAAAGAAAUCAGAGGACAAUCUGAGAAAUUCUAGAUUUCUUUGGAAAAAGAAACAGCAUGUUGAGAUGGACCUGAAGUGGAAUCCUGACAGAAUUUCUCAUCUGGGCUCAUCUGGAGUCCAGGUGACUGAUUGGAAUUGGCGAGGCAACCGAAAUCCCAGUCCACUGAUUAAAGAUGAUGGAGAGCUGCUUAUGGAGGAACAUCUUUCCCCCAGGAAACUGAAAGCUUUGGCAGGGGUAGAUGAUCUGCAGCAAGUGAAGACCCUAGAGAUGAGAGUAGAUACAAGAGAGAUCAGCUUGGGAAACUUUGGUGUGCAUCUACCUAAUCUGAGAGAACUGAACUUGAACAAUAGCUUGCUUGUGUCUGUGAGGGAUCUUGGAACCUCAUUGUCCCAUCUCUGUGUCCUGUGGAUGGCUUGCUGUGGGCUCUCAGAUUUAGAUGGGAUCUCUUCCUGCAGCUCUCUAAAAGAACUCUACAUAGCAUAUAACAAAAUCUCUGAGCUGAGCCAGCUGACCUGGCUGGAUCACCUCGAGGUUUUGGACCUGGAAGGGAACAAUAUUGAGGAUAUCGACCAGAUGCAGUACCUGAGACUUUGUUGCAAGCUAAGCCACCUGACAGUGGAGGGCAACCCUAUUUGCCUGAAGCCAAACGCUGAGUCUGCAGAGGAACCAGGUUAUAAUUACAGAGUGGAAGUAAAAAAACUUAUUCCCCACUUGAAGUAUUUGGACAAAAUACCAGCAAACCAGACUGUUCCCCUUCCUUCCAAGAAGAUGUAUGAAGAUUGUCUAAUCAUCAAGGAAUCCAUCAAGGAAGGUGGUUUAGCUGGAGACAUUUCAUGGUUAGAUCCAUAUCUUGGAGCAGUAGCAAGGCAGUCUGGAUGUGGCCCAAGACCCCCAACAACUUCCAGACUUGGAAAAGUACAGUGGUCUGCUAAUGUAGGGAGACUUAGUGAUGCCCAGCUCUUGUAUGGUAGCCGUCCUCUUCCAGAUCCUGCUGUUUCUGAUAUGAUGUUCUCAGAAGAUGAUUCCAGUGAUUUGACACAUGGACUCAGUCAAGUUAUAUGUGGGAACCCCGCCAAGGCCCUUCGUGAAAGGAGGCAAAAGCUAGGUCCACCUGCAGCGAGCCCUUUGAAACUGAGCGGUCUGAGGACAGAAAACCUUUAUGGCUCUGGAGGAGGAAAAGAUGUGCACCAGGAAAAUGUGUCCUCUGAACUGAGAGUAUGGAGAGAGCAGCAGAAGAGGUGCCUGCAAACAGGUCAGCAAGAACAAGCCAGCCAAGCAUCAAAGGUAAUUCUUAGUCAUGAGGAAGAGGGUGAAGACUGCAGCCUGACUGACAGCGCUGAAGAUGAGUUGAGGAAGGCAUAUGACAAGGACCUCGCUGAAAGGAUUUCACUUGAUUCUUCUUGUCACUCCAGUCUCUCCAAGUCUUCCUCAGGUUCGUCACAGACUCAGGAGGGUGCAGUGUUCUCCAACCCAAGCCCUUGUUUAAUUCCAUCCCCUCCAAAAAGCCCUUCACCUGCAUCUGUAAUGAGUGUUGCAGCAAGACCCUGGAAAACAAGAAACCACAGGGUAAGGUGCCUAAAAAUACCCAGCCAAGAGGAGGACAGGCAGUGUACACAGCAAUGCCAGUCAAGGGCUCAUCAAGAAAAUUCAGCCCAGCCUCUGGGUGAGGAACUUGCUUUCCUGAGCCUGCACAAGAUGCUGUCUGCUUCUGGAUCCCAAGGGCAGCACCAGCCUGCUGGCUGCAGCAGCCAACAAAGGCCUAUUCCAGGACCAACAGCUGUUGGAUCAACAAGGAUCAGGCCCAUCAUGGAUGAAGGCCCUUCUGGAGAGAUCAACCACCAGCAUCCAGCUGUCUGCUCAUCCACAAAAGCCUCAGAGAGGUUUGGGCCAACAUGUGCUGCUUGGCCCCUGACUGCCAGGGCCAUGCUGGAGCCAUUGCCAGACAGUACUACUGUCACAAGGACAUCUCAGGACAGAAGUCCUCAGCCCUAGAAAAUACCCAGUUUUCAGCAUAUGUUGGAGCCAUGUACACAGAACAGGCAUGAAGGAUCAAUGCUGUCUUUCAGCUUCUUCUGCAAGAUAAACACAGAGCUGUGCAAGUAGAGCAAUUCAAACAAAUUACAUGAUUUGCCUCAAUUCAAGAUACAGCUGGUCCAGAAAUACUUUAAAGAGCAACCACUGAUCAACCAAGGCGCUAAUGAACAUCUUAUUACAGAAAAAUGUGGUUAUUUUUGCAACUUUCAUGCACUAAAA